AUGCAGGUAUACCAACAGUUGAUUGAAAAAAAAGCGGCGCUGGCAGUGAUCGGGUUGGGGUAUGUGGGUCUGCCCGUUGCACUCUCCUUUGCAAAAAAAAUCCGGGUGCUGGGCCUUGAUACUGACGCUGCACGGGUGGCUUUGCUGCAGCAGGGCAUAGAUCCUGCGGGUGAAAUGAGCAGCCGGGAUUUUGCCGGCACGGAUAUCAUAUUUACCAGUAACCCUGCCGAUAUCAGGGAUGCUGUUUUUUACCUGGUAGCUGUUCCCACACCUGUAGACAAGCACAAAGUGCCUGAUCUUACAGCACUGAAAGCGGCUGCAGUAACGGUAGGCCAAUCUAUCAGCAGGAAUAACUGCGUGGUGUUUGAAUCCACCGUAUACCCAGGCUGCACAGAAGAAGAAUGUUUGCCGCUUAUUGAAAAAAUAUCGGGUUUACAAUGCGGCGAUGAUUUUAAACUUGGGUAUUCGCCGGAAAGAAUCAACCCGGGCGACAAAGUGCAUACACUGGCCAACACGGUAAAAAUUGUGGCCGGCUCAGAUGAAGGGGCACUGGCAGCAAUAGCCAGUGUUUACGAACUGGUAGUUGCUGCAGGCGUAUACAGGGCACCCAAUAUUAAAACGGCGGAGGCUGCCAAAAUUGUAGAGAAUACACAGCGGGAUGCUGGAAGCCAGUUAGAUGAUAAUCCACCUCAACGGCGAAGCCUAGGGCUUGGCGGUAGCCAAGUUAGCCUUUGGCAAUCAUCAACCCUGCGGAGCAGCUACGGGGUAAACACGAUGAAGGAAGCUAUUGGUUUAACUCAGGAACAAAAGGAUACAGCAAUAAACUCAACUGUUGCAGGGGUUGAUGAUAUGGAUGAUGAACAUAACCACAAUAUAAAACAGGUUAUCAAAAGCGAAGAUGAAGGUUAUUAUUCUUUGGAACAGCAACAGGAAAAUGAAUUUAUGGAAUUGGAACAACAAGAAGAUUUUAAAAACCUCUGGGUUUAUAUAAGACAGAAUCUUAGCGAAGCGGAAAAUGAAGUUCUUCAACAGUCCCUUUUCACCAAAAAGGAAACACCAGCACCAGUUACAGGUGAUACCGUAACAAUAAAAGGCGGCUAUCAGAAGCCGGGAAAUAAGUAA